AAAACUAUAUUCGAAUAUUGCCCAAUCAGCUCUUCCCUGGGAGCACCGUCACCGUGCCAACGAGGGCGGGACUAGAGUAAGUGCUUGCCGUUCUUCCUACUAAAUGUCAGUGCUUAGAGCUGCUCUUGCUGCGUGUCGGUUUAUUUUUUUAAUGGCUGCAAUCGCAGCCAAUCGCUUAUGGCUGAGUGGGAGGGGCGCGGACUGAUUUGCGUUGAGAGUAUUUCCCUCAGUAACCAAUGGCGACGCCGUGAAGUUUGUGUAACAAUUGUCUCGCCUAGUUGAAGUCUUCGACAUUUAACCUUGCGCAGGCCAUUGUUUCAUAAAGAGGCUGACUGAGAAUGGAAGAGACCACCUUGAAGAUGAUAUUAGUGGAACAAAGAACGGAGACUAAUGAGACAUUAAAUUGUAAUGGAAAAAAUAAUAUCUCAUCAAGCAGGAAAAUUUACAUGGAUUACAAUGCAACCACCCCUUUGGCACCAGAAGUGAUUGAGACAGUUAAAGAAGCCAUGUAUGAAGCAUGGGGCAAUCCUAGCAGUUCUUAUGAAGCAGGUCAAAGAGCAAAGAAGAUCAUAAAUGAAGCUCGUGAAAAUUUGGCUAAAAUGGUGGGAGGACGGUUCCAGGACAUAAUUUUCACUUCUGGAGGGACAGAAGCAAAUAAUUUAGUGAUUCAUACUGCAGUAAAAGAUUUUAUGAAAAGCAGCAAACAAAGUCCUGUUGCAACAAAAGAAAGCCAUGAAGAAAAGACUUUAGGGACACUUCCACAUAUCAUUAUAUCUUGCAUUGAACAUGAUUCAGUUCGUCUCCCUGUAGAGCAUCUGGUGAAGGAACAAAAAGCUGAAGUCACUUUUGUGCCAGUAUCAAAGGUAACCGGGCAAGUGGAAAUAGAUGAUGUUGUUGCAGCAAUCCAUCCAAACACCUGCUUAGUUUCUGUAAUGCUAGCAAAUAAUGAAACUGGGGUGGUGAUGCCCAUCUCAGAACUCAGUCAUCAGAUUGAAGUUAUCAACCACAAGAGAAAGGCCUCUGGUCUGCCAUGGAUCUUAGUGCACACAGAUGCAGCCCAGAUGAUUGGAAAGGGGCGAGUGGAUGUCCAGGACUUGGGAGUAGAUUACCUCACUAUUGUAGGGCACAAGUUUUAUGCCCCACGUAUUGGAGCCUUGUAUGUGCGAGGACUUGGUAUGAAUAUUCCCCUUCACCCCAUGCUGUUUGGAGGUGGACAGGAAUGGAGCUUUCGCCCAGGGACUGAGAAUACUCCAAUGAUUGCUGGUCUUGGCAAGGCAGCUGAAUUGGUGAAUGAAAACUCUAAGCUAUAUGAAGCUCACAUGAGGAAUGUUCGGGAUUAUCUGGAAGAAAGGCUUGAAACUAUAUUUGGAAGACAAAAUAUCCAUUUUAACUGUCGACUGAAAGGCUCUAAACGACUUUGCAACACCUGUAAUUUUUCUAUAUUGGGCUCAGGUCUACAAGGUUGGCUGGUGCUCUCACGCUGUAGGACUUUGCAAGCCAGUGUUGGGGCAGCCUGCCACUCUGAAAAGGGUGACCAGCCCUCAGCUGUACUGCUUAGCUGUGGAAUUCCUUAUAAUGUUGCACAGAAUGCCAUACGCCUCAGUGUGGGCCGUGAUACAAGCAAAGAAGAUGUGGAUCUGAUUGUGGAAGAUUUGAAACGGGCUGUGGCUGAGUUACAGUAGGCUGGAUACAUAGUCAGCAGCAGCAGCAGCAGCAGCAACAACAACAAUAACAACAAAAGAUUCUCUUCAUCAGUGUCCGGAAGUGAGCUUAUCUAGUCCUGAUGCUUCAUUGCUCAAUGUGCCAUACUUACAUCUGACAUAUUGUGAGCUAUUGUGUUCCCAUCAAUUCUGUGAAACAGAAUUUUUGUUGAACAUCAAGUAAUUUGUUUACAUUUAUUGAAUACCUAGGAGCACUGUCUGCAUCUAUGAGCACUGAUUUCUCCCCCUUAAAUUUAGCACCAGUAAAUCCAAUUGGUGAAUUAUACCUUUUAACAUGUUUUACCAAGCAGAAGGAAGAGCAAGGAAAUAUUUCUACCGGAUAUUUAAAGUUGGUGCUGAACAGAAAACAAAUGUGAAUAUAACGGUUGUACCAAAGGUGCUUUUUCCAAAAGGCAGCUGGACUUUCUUUUGCUUUGAAAAUGUUUACUUUUCA